AUGACGGCGGUCGGUGUGCCGGAUCUCGGACUGGGAUCAACCAUGAGAAGAAGGGACUCGGGCGAGAUGGAAGCCGAGACCAUGGAUACCGACCAUCCCGCCGCUGCCGGCCCGCGCAAACGGAAGAGAAUUCGCAAGGUGAACUCGGACAGGAAGUUUGAAUGUACACAUGAGGGCUGCGGCAAGAGCUAUUCGCGCGCCGAACAUCUCUACCGCCAUCAGCUGAAUCAUACGCCGAAGCAAAUCUACCGAUGUGAUUUUCCCGACUGCUAUCGGACCUUCGUUCGGCAGGAUCUCUGCGUCCGGCACCGGGAACGGCAUACGACACAAGGCUCUCAGCUUCAGAAGCGCGAUCAUUUUGCGCAGACCGCUACGCAGAACAAAACGGGGGUCCCAGGAUCCCAGGAGCUGGUGGACGGGAACCGCCAGCCAUCCAUGGACUUUCCGUCGGCGCGCCCAGCAGUCGGCUUUCCGGACGGCGGGGUGGAAACCCUGACGCCGCAGUCGGUGAACGGUGGCUCCAGCAAGCAUACGCGGGUGUCCUCGUCGGGCGCCGUUCCCCUCGGUCGGCCGCUCAGUUACCCCCCGUUGAAUUUGCACCAUGGCGUGGGGACCCCCGACUCUACCGUGUCGAGGUCCAACAGCUUGAGCAACCAGAGCAUCAACUCUCCGCCGGGUCAAGCCAAUGCGUCGCCCUUCAGCCCCCCGGAUCUGCCACAGGCCUCGUACGUUCCGCUCACCGGCCAUCACUCCAUAGACUCCUUGGACAGCCCCCUUGGCCAGGCCCAUCGGCUGACCGCAUCCAAUCUCAUCUCUAGGACACGGCAUUCAGACAAUGGGCCAACGUACUCGAUUCCAUCCGAUGUGAGUGGACCGGCGCUCGUCGAAUCAAUCCCGUACGCCUCGGCUCCAGGCUUGUCGAUGCCCAUGGGCGGAUAUGGGGAUCUGCCGAUGAAUGCCACGGCCCCGGCCACUCAGGCAUCGAUGGAGACAACCGCCAAUCUGGGCGCGCUGGACUCCAUCUCGGGAAUCAUGGCGUCAGCGGACCCGGCCUUUGACCCAAUGGCCUCGUGUGUCUAUCCGAUCUUCGGUGGAGAGACGUAUAAUAACCGCUCGCCGUUUGCCAUGGCCGAGGAUUUCACCGCGUGGCUUUUCAACGAACCGAUGCCGGGAACCUCGUCCCUGGCCUACCCGACCACCACCGCCAUGGUUCCAAACUACCUGGAUCCCACCCAGCUGCAGAAUCAGUUCCUGAUGGGUGAUCCGGGCAUCGGCAGUUUCUUCAACGGCGUUCUCCCGCAGCAUCCCAUGAGCGUGACCAGUAUCCUCGAUCCGGGAUCACCGCGAGCGAUCAUGUCGGAGGAGAAACGGCAGGAACUCCUGCAUCUCAUGUCCACUCGGUUCAACGAGGCGGCCUAUUCAGCCGUGGCCAAGCGCAAGGAUGCCUUGAUGGAUGGCGACAUGGACGAUGACGACCAUGUGCUGAGCCUGCGCAUGAUGCAGACGUUCAUUGGGUCCUACUGGUAUCACUUCCACACCCAACUCCCUAUUCUCCACCAACCCACUUUUGUCGCCGACAAGGCGCCGAAUCUGCUGCUUUUGGCCGUCAUGGCUAUUGGCGCAGCCACACUGGACAACAUCCACGGGCAGGAGGUGACCGAAACGGCCGCGGAGCUGGCCAACUUCAUCGGGUGGCAUUUGCGCUGGGAGAUCUUCAUGGACGCGGAUUUCCGACCGCCGGCCAAACUCUGGGUCUUCCAGGCGCUGCUCCUCCUCGAGGUCUUUGAGAAGAUGUACUCGACCCGCGCCCUGCAUGAACGGGCGCAUAUCCACCACGACACCACCCUGACUCUGAUGCGUCGCGGCAGUUCGCUGAUCGGUCGGUCCGCGCUGGACUCGCCCGCCAGCUUCCGCGACGAUCGGCACACGCGCUCCACCACCGGGUCGACCUCGGUUUCCGACUUCGCUGCCGAUGACUCGUGGACGCACUGGAUCAAGGCGGAGGCGAUGCGGCGGGUGGCAUUCGCCGCGUUUGUGCUGGACUCGACCCACGCGACGAUGUUUGGCCAUUCCGCCAAGAUGGUUGCCCAUGAGCUCCGGCUUCCGCUGCCCUGUGACGAGGCGCUGUGGUCCGCCACCAGUGCCGCCGAAGUCGCACGGGUCCAGUCCAGCCUGCACGCUAAUGGCGUGAAGCCGACCAUGUUUCUGGAUGGGCUGAAGAAGACACUUAACGGACAGCGAGUGACCACGAAUGCAUUCGGGCGCACCAUCCUGAUGACCGGUCUUCUCAGUGUGAGCUGGCAUAUGAACCAGCGCGACCUGCAGGUCAGCUCGCUUGGCGUGCCCCAGGCGCUCGGCGGGCGAGAUAAAUGGCGGUCGGCGCUGUUGCGCGCCUUUGAUAACUGGCGGCGCGAUUUCGACGAGGCCAUCGCGCAGGCCGGCCCCGCACCGUUCCCCAGCCCCUAUCGCGUCCGCAAUUCCUUCGACGAGGAAAGCGUGUCCGAAUCGCGCGAUGUUCUGCAUGGGUUGGCCCACAUGGCCUCGCACGUGGACAUUGUCGAUUGCCAGAUCUUCGCGGGGGCCGGCCGGCUCAUGGGUCGAUCGAUCACUCCGCGGGACUACAGCGCCGCCCGCGAGAAAAUGACCCAGCGAUGGGCGACCAAGGCGUCCGCGCGCGAUGCGACGUUCUACGCGCUCAGGUUCCUGUCGCAGUGUCUCCUCAACAACCGGGGCGGACCGCUGGACGAGAACGGGAUCUAUUCCGGGCGCGAUGACUACCUGCUCAAUCGGCCGUGGGUCAUCUACGUCGCGGUGCUGGUUGUGUGGUGCUAUGGCUAUGCGCUGGAUGGACCCAUUGCUUCGCCUCCGGUGCUCGCAACGGUUGCGGAACAGCAACGCGACAUGGAAGCCUUCCUGCGGCGUGUGGGCGGGGUCCGGGACCCGAACGAGCUAGCGACGAUGAAGGGCCGCAACCAGUGUCUGGGCUUGUUGAUGAUCCUGCGCGAUGGGUUUGCCAAUACGCGGUGGGAGUUGCUUUCCGAGGCGUCCAAUCUGCUGCGAAGCUGUAUCGACAAGCUUCGCGGUGGGACGCGUCGGUGUUGA